AUGUCUUCGUAUGCUAAAGAAAAAGAGAUUGCUAUUGAAGCAGUUCGGAAAGCAGCUCUAUUAUGUGAAGAUGUAAGAAAAACAAUACCGCCAGCAAUGGAAAAACUAGACAAAAGUCCCGUCACCAUUGCUGAUUAUGGAUCUCAGGCACUUAUUUGUCACCAAUUAAAACUUGCCUUCCCUAAUGAUCCAAUUGUGGGAGAAGAGGAUUGUUCUGAAUUGAAAAAACCAGAAAUGAAAGAACAAUUGAGAAUAAUAACGAAUUAUGUUCGAAAACACUAUACAUCAGAUGAUGUAACAGAGGAAAAUGUUUUAAAAUGGAUUGAUUAUGGGGGUGGUGAAGUUUCUCAGCGUUAUUGGACAUUAGAUCCCAUUGACGGUACAAAAGGUUUUUUGAGACAAGAUCAAUAUGCCAUUGCAUUAGCUCUUGUUGAAAAUGGUGAUGUCAAACUCGGAAUAAUGGGAUGUCCAGCGUUACCAGAUACAAACGGACACCAAGGGCAAUUAUUUGUGGCUGUACGAAAUGAAGGUGCCUAUUCACAAACAUUUGAGAAUAAUGCAAAACCAACUCGUCUACAAACGGUUCGUUGUGAUGAUUCAAGUAAUUUUCGUUUUGCUGAAAGUGUUGAAAGUGGUCAUUGUGACCAAGAAAUGCAAAUAUCAGUGGCAAAAAAACUUGGAAUAACAACAGCACCAAUUCGUAUGGAUUCACAAGCAAAAUAUGGUCUCGUAGCAUCUGGUCGAGCGGCCCUCUACUUACGUCUUCCGAAUCCACAGAAACCUGACUAUCGAGAAAAUAUUUGGGAUCAUGCUGCAGGCGCAAUCAUCGUUGAAGAAGCGAAUGGAAAGGUAACAGAUAUGAAUGGGAAAAAAUUAAAUUUUAAAGAUAAUAAAAAAAUGAACGAUAAUCGUGGCGUUGUUGUUAGUAAUGGAGAAAUUCAUGAACAAGUUUUAAAAGUAUUAAAAGAAAUGUGA